AUGGGAUUAGAAUCUAAAAGCUUUCUUCGCUUCUCUGAUUUGACAUCAGAAUCAAAACGAUUGCUUCCACCAAUUAAAGGAUUCGAAGAAGUACCUCUCGUAUGUCUUGAAAAAGCUGUUGAACCGCUUGUUUCUCUCGUUCCUGAGGUUGAACAAAUGGUUUGGGUAGUUAAACAAAAUUGUGAUAAACCAGAAGAUGGUCUCUCUCAAGAUGAAUCGGCUUCGAUUAUGCUUUAUUCCAUGGAAUGGAUACCUCACGAAACUUCAUUCUAUUUCAUCUUCAAUAGCAUUCUUCGCUCCGAACAUCGAUCACAAUUAAUACCUUGGUUUCUCUAUCUUCGACUUGUGAUCAAUGCUCUUUCAAAACUUCCAUGGACUUCGCAUCGAAUUAUUUAUCGAGGAAUUAAAAUGGAUAUGGGUAAUGAAUUUCCAGAAGGAAAAAUAUUUUUUUGGUGGGGAUUUUCAUCUUGCACAUCAUCAAUCAAUGUUCUCGAGAAUUUUCUCGGUAAAACUGGAACUAGAACUAUUUUCAAUAUUGAAUGUGACUCGGGCAAAGAUAUUAGUAAACAUUCAUUUUAUCAAAAAGAAAACGAAGUUUUAGUAUAUCCUGCUCGACAAUUCAAAGUUAUUUCAUCUUUGGAUUCGGGAAAUCUACUUCGUAUUAUUCAAAUCAGAGAAAUUCAACCCCCUUUUCGUUUUAUUCAAAUUCCAGACCUCCAUUCAACUAUUAUUCCACCACCGCCACCCCCACCAUCAAUAGUUGCAACUAGAAUUUAUCAAAAUAAAGCACUUCAAGAUCGUAUUGAUAAAUAUAAGUGUCACUCCUUUGUGGAUUUGCAAAAAUAUAACUUGCGUGAUGAAGACAUGGAGAUUGUGGUCGAAGGGGCAAUCAUCAAUAAACAGUGCAGACAGCUCCGGUUACAGCAACAAAAGAUGACAUCAGACGGUGCAUCGAUCAUAGCCAAGGCACUGCACAACAACACAACAUUGGAGGUACUGGAUCUUUCCUAUAAUCGUGUGUGUGACAUGGGUGUUCAUUCUUUGUUAAAUUAA